UCCUUGCUCAAUCACUUAUAUUUGUGUGCAUCACGUAUCCCAUGAUAGGAUAUUAUUGGUCAACUUACAAGGUUUUCUGCUACUUCUAUACAUUCUUAUGCACAUUGAUGUACUUCACCUAUCUGGGAAUGAUGCUAGUUGCUGUGACACCUAGCUUUCCGGUAGCUGCCAUUCUACAGUCUGCAUUUUACACCAUGUUUAACUUGUUUGGUGGAUUUUUAAUUCCUAAACCGAAAAUUCCCAACUGGUGGAUAUGGAUGUACUAUUUGACUCCAACUUCAUGGUCGCUUAACGCGUUGCUUACUUCUCAGUAUGGUGAUGUGAAAAAGGAGAUAUUAGUUUUCGGGGAAACUAAAUCUGUGGAAGCCUUCAUAAGAGAUUACUUUGGGUAUCAUCAUGAUCAAUUACCACUUGUGUUUGUUCUUCUUGCAUUAUAUCCUACUAUUCUUGCUUCUCUAUUUGCGUAUUCUGUAGCAAAACUCAACUUUCAGAAAAGGUAG